AGCAGUAGCUUCAUUCGCAGCGGAACCCCCGACAAGAUCAGCAGCAUGCAGACGCAGUGUAUCCUCCUCCUCCUCGUGGCCACCGGCUUGGCCCUGUGUGUGGCCCGCCCGGAGCCGCCAAAGUCCCGCUAUGGACCGCCGCCGCCACCAGCGCCCCAAAAGGAAUACGGUCCUCCGGCUCCGGCGGCCCAACCCCUGCCCAUCUACGGACCACCGGCCGCCUUCUACGGACCACCAGCCGCCUCGGAGGCGCUGGUCACCAAGAACGUGUACGUGCACGUGCCGCCAGAGGAGCCCGAAUUCUAUCCGGCCUCGUCGCCCAUCCAGACGGCUGUGCCCAAGAAGCACUACAAGAUCAUCUUCAUCAAGGCGCCCAACCCGCCCACUCCGGUGCGCCAGGUGCUGCCGCCUCCCGUGCAGGAUGAGCACAAGACCCUCGUUUACGUGCUGGUGAAGAAGCCCGAGGAGCAGCAGCCCCUCAUCCUGCCCGCCCCCGAGCCCACGGAGCCCAGCAAGCCAGAGGUGUACUUCAUCAAGUACAAGCAGCAGCAGCAGCAGCCCAAGCCGGCUACCCAGUACGGCCCACCGCCCUCCGCCCCCUCGGAGGAGUACGGAGCACCUCCUGCCCCCCGCACCCUGGAGCAGUUCUAGUUCGUAGUGUCGCCGAGGUUCACAGCCCAUGAAUGUACAUAUUAUUUAUGAUCGCUGCCAUUAAAGAGAGUUUAGAGAAUGCGAAA